GCCUUGUUCGCGCCAUGGCCGCUGCGGUGGCGGCCUCCACGCCGGUGGGGCAGCGGACCCGGAGCAGCGCCGCUUCCACCCCUCUGAGCCCCACGCGCAUCACCCGGCUGCGAGAGAAGGAGGAGCUGCAGCACCUCAACGACCGCCUGGCCGUCUACAUCGACAAGGUGCGGAGCCUGGAGACCGAGAACAGCGCGCUCCACCUCCAGGUCACCGAGCGCGAGGAGGUGCGCGGCCGGGAGCUCAGCGGCCUCAAGGCGCUCUACGAGGCCGAGCUGGCCGAUGCCCGCCGCACCUUGGACGACACGGCCCGCGAGAGGGCCCGGCUGCAGAUCGAGCUGGGCAGGGUCCGCGCCGAGCACGACCAGCUCCUGGGCAGUUACACAAAAAAAGAAUCUGAUCUGAAUGGAACCGUGGCUAAACUUCGGGAAUUUGAAGCAGCUUUAAAUGCUAAAGAAGCAGCACUUGCCACAGCACUUGGUGAUAAGAAAAGUCUAGAGGGGGAUGUUGAGGAUUUGAAAGAUCAGAUUGCUCAGCUUGAAGCUGCUUUAGCAGCUGCUAAGAAACAGCUGGUAGAUGAAACGUUGAUGAAGGUGGAUCUCGAAAAUCGCUGUCAAAGUUUGAUUGAAGACUUGGAGUUCCGGAAAAAUAUGUAUGAAGAGGAAAUCAAUGAGACUAGAAGAAAGCACGAGACCCGUCUGGUAGAGGUGGAUUCUGGGUGUCAAAUAGAAUAUGAACACAAACUGGCCCAAGCCCUUCAGGAAAUGAGAGAGCUGCAUGAUGUACAAGUGAAACUGUACAAGGAUGAACUUGAAGAGACUUAUCAUGCCAAGCUUGAAAAUGCGAGGCUAUCCUCUGAAACAAGUUGUUCUGCAGCCAACGCAAUAAAAGAAGAACUCAUGGAAAGUCGCAUGCGCAUUGAUAGCCUCUCGUCCCAGCUGGCUAAUCUGCAGAAAGAGGCUAGAGGAUGGCUAGAGAGGGUUCAAGAACUGGAGGAUACUCUGGCUAAAGAAAGGGAUAAUUUCCGCAGAACACUGUCUGACAGAGAGAGAGAAAUGGCGGAAAUAAGAGAUCAGAUGCAACAGCAGUUGAGUGACUAUGAACAACUGCUCGAUGUAAAAUUGGCUCUGGAUAUGGAAAUCAAUGCAUACAGAAAGCUUUUGGAAGGUGAAGAAGAAAGAUUGAAGCUUACUCCCAGCCCAUCCUCUCGUGUGACAGUUUCUCGGGCAUCAUCGAGCCGUAGCGUGCGCACAACCAGGGGAAAGCGGAAGAGAGUUGACGUGGAAGAAUCAGAGGCCAGUAGUAGUGUUAGCAUCUCUCAUUCAGCUUCUGCCACUGGAAAUGUGUGCAUUGACGAAAUAGAUGUAGAUGGGAAGUUUAUCCGUUUGAAGAACACUUCUGAUCAGGACCAACCAUUGGGAGGCUGGGAGAUGAUUAGAAAAAUAGGAGACAGUUCUGUUGCUUAUAAAUAUACCUCAAGAUAUGUGCUGAAGGCAGGCCAGACUGUUACGGUCUGGGCUGCUAAUGCUGGAGUAACAGCCAGUCCUCCUUCUAACCUGAUCUGGAAGAACCAGAACUCUUGGGGCACUGGCAAGGAUGUAAAAGUUGUACUGAAAAACUCUCAGGGAGAGGAAGUUGCUCAGAGAAGCACCGUCUUCAAAACAACUUUACUUGAAGCUGAAGAGGUGGAGGAAGUAGAAGAAGAACCAGCUGAAGCCAUAGAGGAGGAAGAUCUGUUUCACCAGCAGGGAGACCCACGAGCAGCCAACAGAAGCUGUGCAAUCAUGUAAACUCCAGUCAUCUGUAUUCUUCAAUUAUGUUAAUCCCUUCCUGUGGAGGAGAACCUUCUUGGAAGCACAACAUAUUUUUGUAUUUUCCCCUGGUGAAUUUUAAACUGUGUCUGGCCUUAAUUUCCUUUGUCACAGAGAAGGAGGCUUUUGUAAGUGAAACCAUAUAUAUAGCUUUUGAAAUGUGAAAUAUUGACACUGAAUAAUGUACUGUUUUUGAAAAUGGCCCUCAUGCUUUUAUGCUGGUCCUUUUUAAACAUCCUAAUUCAAGGAAUAAACUAAUUAUGUUGGGGUUUGGUUGUUAGUCUAGCUACCUACUCUUGUCCUCUUUACAGUUUUAGGUGCUUUUUGGAGUGGGAAGGACAUAACAUAUUCAACAAAACCUUUUUCUACUGAAAACUUUUGUAUUUUAGCAAUUAAAUCACACAAAUUUUACUGAAGCAUUGUCUACCAGUCGCAUCAUAGAAGAUGAAGGAAGUAACAAAAUUCAUUUGCUAGUUUUACUUCACUUAGAUUCUUAACCAGGAAAGGGGGCUUCUGUUUAAUGUGUUGGAUGUGUUUUUAAAUUCUAGUGUAACUUGCAUAAUUUUUUCCAUGUCAAAAUUAACAAAUAAAAGCUGUCUUAAGAAAA